CUUACAACCACCAUGAAUUACCCAUGCUUCUAAAAUCUUUAAGCCAAUACUGAAUGGUAGGUUGCACCUCCCCUUUUUGAAUUUUUCUCUAAUCAUAGCACAUUAGCUUCUUUAUACAAAAAGCAAAGUUACGCAGUUUCUUGAAGAGCUGACUCAUUUUAUACACUACUUUUUUCUCUCCUCUCUAAUGCUCUAAUGGCCACUCAAAUUAAAUUUAGUCAAAUGUAAUCUUUCUAUAUCUUCAUAAACAAAGGUAUGGGAAAGCUGAUGUUUUGAGAGGAAGAAAAAAGAAAGAGGGUUGGUAGUUGAAGCUGGGUUUUUAUGCUUUAAUUUCUUCUCCAUUGCCUUGGAUAUUGAAGAUGCAAGUUUCUCAUUUGCUAGGGUCAUUCACCAUUCCUGCAUUAUACUAUGUUUUUCUUUUACCACUUGUUUCUUGCUCAUCUCAUUGGGAGUUUACUGCAUCCAGCAAUCACAAGAGCAUUAAAGAAAAUGUACACAAGCUGAGUCCUCAAAUGACAUCGUAUAUCACGGUUCAUGGCCUUCUCCUAUGGGUUUCCAUGGGGUUCUUAAUGCCUGUUGGGAUACUUACUAUUAGAAUGGCCAACAAAGAGGAAGGUGGGAGAAGGGUUAAAGUUUUCUUCUAUCUCCAUGCCAUAUUGCAGAUAGAUGCAGAUCAUAACUCUUAUUUGGUUGCAAAGAAGAGAUCAGAAAGAGCUGCUUGUUUGUUUUGUUUCACCAAUAUUAUACUUGCAGUGCUGCUUGCAACAAUUGGAGCUGUCAUGUCCAUAAAGAAUUUUGAGAAUUCAUUCAGUAACAGCCACCAAAGAUUAGGUCUAGCCCUUUAUGGUGCCAUUUGGAUGCAAACCUUGAUUGGAUUUUUCAGGCCACGUAGAGGAAAUAAAAGAAGAAGUACAUGGUACUUAACACAUUGGAUUCUUGGAACAGUAACAUCUCUGGUGGGGAUCAUUAACAUCUACACUGGUUUAAAAGCCUACCAUAAGAAAACAUCAAGAAGUGUUGGUGUUUGGACUAUACUUUUCACUGCUGAGGUCUCUUUGAUUGCUUUCUUUUAUCUCUUUCAAGACAAAUGGGAGUAUAUACAAAAGCAAGGGCUGAUAUUAGGCACUAAUCCCCACCAGCCAACUCCACCUUCUGAUCAAGAGAAUGUACUGAUCGCUCAAAGGGAUAACCAAAAGGUCUUGUUGCCUGAACCAUGUGGCAAACGUAAUGCACUCAGGAAUUUAUUUGACUAACUUUGGAUUCUUUCGUGUUUUUGAUUUCUUCUUUCUACAAAUUGAUCUGUCUAAGUAGUCAAAAAGUUUCAUACUCUACUUUUUGAUGCCUUUCAUGCUGAUUGAAAGCACAUACUCCUCGAAGAAUACUUUUUGAUGGAGUCUUUAUAUGCAUCAAAAAGUGGAGUAUGAUCAAUUUUCUCUCGUAGAUAUUCAUUUUGUUGCAAUUAAAAUUUGGGUUUUUAGGUAAUUGAUAUUUGAGAUGUAGGUGUUUAUAUAAAAAUGAAAUGCUGGUAUAUAGUGUGAUUAUAUAUGUUAAAGAAAUGUAAUCAAUGUUUGUAACUUUUUCAUAUCUUGAUGCUGA